GCGGCGUCUGGAAUGGCUGUGCACGAUGAUUGUAAGCUCAAAUUCUUGGAACUAAAAGCGAAGAGAAAUUUCCGAUUUAUUGUGUUCAAGAUCGAGGAGAAGAUACAACAGGUGAUUGUAGAGAAGCUUGGAGGUCCUGAUGAAAGCUACGAUGAUUUCAGUGCCUCCUUGCCUGCCGAUGAGUGCCGCUAUGCCGUUUAUGAUUUUGAUUUUACAACCAAUGAGAACUGCCAGAAAAGCAAAAUAUUCUUCAUUGCAUGGGCACCUGAUACAUCAAGGGUCAGAAGUAAGAUGCUUUAUGCAAGCUCCAAGGACAGAUUCAAGAGGGAGUUGGAAGGCAUUCAAGUGGAGUUGCAGGCAACAGAUCCUAGUGAGAUGAGCUUGGAUAUCAUAAAAGGCCGGGCACUCUAAACAUUCCUGUAGAGCAUUGAUCCAUCACUUUGUCAUAUGAUCUAUCUUCCAAUUUUCCUAGUCGUGUGAGUUAUUUUAAAUUAAUUAUUAAUUACUUUAUUUUUCAGGUCAGCUAUGUAUUCAGAUCUAAAACUUAAUUUGAUUGAUACAUUCCUCUGCUGUAUCGGUG